GCUGAAUCUUUUGCAGAGAGCUGAACUGUACAAAUUUUCUCUGACUUUCUAGAAAAACAGCUCUGGAGAUAAAUCUCUUUACUUGGCAAGCAUGGCAUCAACCUCAGUACUCAGACUCAGAGAGGAAGACGAUGAAGACAACUAUACCACGAAACUCUACAACUUUGUAACUUUGCCUCUGAGGGACAGGAGUGUGCAAGAUGUUCCAGGGGUUGGUCCCGACACAGCAAAGCGCUUAAAAAAUCAAGAUUUCACGGAAAGAAUAUUGGAGCAUGUUCUUCUUGCAUGUUACAUCGGUUUUGAAAAGAAUGAGAAAAAAUUCAAGAAGCACCUCUUAAAGGAUCUGGGUGUCGAAGAAGUACAUUUUGAUGUCAUCUUCACUAUUGUGAGAAGAUGUAACGACAGUGGUCUAAGGCAGGAGACAGACGACGACAGCAGCAUAAAAGCCAUUUCCCCAGAAGCAGCUGAUGCUGUAAAGAAAAGUCUUGAGAAAAAGAAAACUCUUCCGGCGUAUGUUCUCUUUGGUCGCUACUUAGCGUUUGACAAGGAUGCUUAUAACUUCAAGGGAUGGCUGAAGUGUCUUGGUGUCCGACCAAGUUAUCGGCGUCGCAUCGUGAGCGCUCUGAAAGAGUGGCAUAUGGUUGCUACAGUCGUUCCUCCUGGCUCCUCUGAAACCUUACUACAAUACGUGCAGGGAUGUUUCUUCGUUGCACGUUUCAUCUCUGUUGAGAGAAAUCUCGAUAUCUUCAGAAAGUACCUUGGGAAUCAAGGUUAUGAAGAAAGCCAUCAAAAAAACGUCAUCAAUGCUAUGAAAGACUUCUGUUUCAACAAACAUAAGACCUUUGAUGAGACAUCCAUUCAAGACAAGAAUGUCAGAUGUAUACCCGGCAUUGAUGAUAUUACAGCUGAACUUCUAAGAAAAAACUUCAAGGAAGGAGAUUUACCGGCAUAUGUUCUUCUUGGAUGCUACAUUGCUUUUGAGAGAGACGAUGACAAGUUCAGAAGGUAUCUACAAGAUGUCGGGAUCCAAAGUGAAACUGUCGAUAUUGUAAUCACUGCUCUGAAAGGCUGGGAUUUUGCGACUGAUCCUGUAAAGUAUACUCUCGCUCGACAAAUUGAAGGUUUCACGGCUCGCAGAUUAAAGGAGAAAAUAACGAAAAUAAUUUUACCGGCGCAUGUUCUUCUGGGAUUGUACGCUGAUUUUAAAAAAGAAGACCAGAAAGUCAGAGAGUACCUUCAGAAACUUGCCUUUGGCAGCAAUAUUGUAGAUGCUGUCAUCAAUGCUCUGAAAGACUGGGACCCUACAACAGAUCCUGUGAAGUACAGAGUUGUCACAGAUAUUUCGGGCAUUGACGAUGCUACAGCUUCACUCUUGUUUGAUAAGAUUACGAAGAAAAAACUAGUAGAAUAUUUUCGCCUGGGAUGCUCCGCUGCUUUUAAGGACAAUAAUGCGAAAUUCAGAGAGUACCUAAAGACCCUCGGAGUGCAUGGUGACAAAGUGGACGCCUUUUCAUUAGGAGACUUUGCAACAGAGUAUGUGAAGGGUGGAGUCUCAAAAAGCAACACGGCCAAAGCCAAUCUUGCAGCUCAAAGGAUCUGGGAUGAAAUACCAAAAAUAAAUAUACCGGCGUAUGCUCUACUUGGACGUUACGUUGUUUGGGGGAGCUUCAAGCAAUGGCUGACUAAGCUUAAAUGUCAGCGCUCGUCUGUAAAUGAAAUUUUCAAUGCCUUGACAGGAUGGUGUGAUCACCACUCACUUUUGCUGAUCAGUGAUGCACAGGAAGAUGAACCUAUGGCACAUUAGGUAGCUGACAAUAGGAGGAGCACAUAUCCGAGUGGUUCGAGCGCUGGUGUCCGAACUUACAGGCAUGGCGGUUCGAUACCAGCUCGCUUCCCUACUCCUCCUGUAGCUAAUGCUGCAUUUAAAAUACCCAGUGACAAAGUACAAGAAGACAAAGUGUGAAGAAACAUCACAUUUGCACCACUUUUGUCUGCAAGCUACUUUUGUAAUGGCUGCCAUUUUACAAGUAGAGACAAUAUUUUCCAAUGUCAAGAAAUCUUUAUUACAAUAUCGUUUUAUUUGUGUUAAGUAGAAUUUAGUCCUCAAAUAUGAGGAUCAUCUUUGCAAGGUAUUAUCAGCGCAUUGAUAAGUAGUGUCUUCAACGAGGAAAUUUAUUUCCGUUAUGAGAAUCUCAAGCACCCUAGCUCAAGGCAAAAUAGAAUGAAGCUUUGUAUGUAGAUAAGAAAUGCUGCGAUAAGUUCAAACCUAUCUUGGAGGACAACAGCAUGACAUCCGCACUCGCACCUUAAUCAGCUUAUGUUUUGCCAAGCAGUUUCGAAUUAUUUACCACCCUUAUAUUGUUGUUAUUGCACAUGCUUCAAGCGAUUUGUAUCUCAGCUUUCCUAUUAUACCCUUCAUUGCAUUAUUACUUAAAAAUCACUCGUAUAAAGCUUAACCAUUCUGAAGGAUUUGCUUACAUUUUAAAAAUUUUAACAAUUUGAUUAUUUGUAAAAUAAUUAUUUCAUAGCAUAAAUUGUCGUUUUGUUGAAAUCGUUUUUGUCAAAGAAAUGAAUCGUAGAAAGUUAUCGCAGAGCUUUUAUUUACAUUGUAACCCUGUCAUAAGUGUGUGCAUAUAUCCUGGUUUUCUUAUAUUAAUCGCAUUAUUAUUUUGCAUGUUUGAAUUAGACUGAUGCCUCUAUUGUGUUUGUAACUAUUAACCUUUAGAAACAUAGACAAUACACCCUUGUAUUUUGAAAUAUUUGAGUAAACUAAAGAAAUACA